AUGCUCAAAACUUUUUCCAGACUAAUGAAGGGGAUUACCAAAAUCUCUUUGAGAGUGUUUCCAUUUUCCUUCCCUGACCCAGCAGACGUUCCCCUCCCCACCACCCCUUCUCAGACACGCUCACCAACCAUACCUCUAGGCCUCAGCAACCUGAAUCUGGACACACUGCCGUCGGCGCCAACCCAUCUCCAAGAAGCAAUCCUGUCCACAAGUUUCGUCACUUUGUCCUGGAAGCCACCUGAAAAUAAGGGUCCCGAUUCUGAUGAAAUCAUCGCCUACUCAGUCUACUGGAAAGAAAAGGGAAAAGAAAGAGAACGUGUGAUGAAUACAACAAACACUGAAGCUACAAUCCAGCUACUAAAACCAAACACAGUUUAUGAGUUUCAAGUGUUGGCCUAUAACCGAUAUGGACCGGGAAAAGCUGCAACUCUUUUGGUUACAUCAAAGCAAGAAGUUCGUGUUCCAAGUCCUCCUCAAAAUGCACAGGCCAUAGCUCGUUCAUCAACAUCCAUCUUGAUAAAAUACGAGGCUCCUAAGGAACCCAAUGGUCAAAUCAAGUUCUAUAAAAUAAUUUAUUACGAGGUUGGAGCAAAUAAAGAAGCUGACAUCAAUGUGGAGAGUCCAACCUACGUUUUGAAAGGUUUGAAACAGUUCCGAGAAUACAGCUUCAGGGUUGAAGCCCACAAUGAAAACGGUGCAGGCUUGAGUACAGAAGAAUUUGUAGCUCGUACACUCCCAGCGCCUCCCUCUGCACCCCCAAGUAAUUUCACUUUGGAAACAACAAGUUCAACAAGCAUUAUUGUGCGGUGGGAACCACCUCCAAUUGAUGAACAGAAUGGCAUUAUAGUUGGCUACAAAAUCCGCUACAAGAAGAAAGGCCAACGCAGAGGUGACACUGCACCCACUGCCGGCAAUCGUAAAUUUUAUGCCUUAACAGGAUUGGAGAAAGGAACCGAAUAUUCUGUGAGAAUCGCUGCAUUAACUGUUGAAGGAACUGGGCCUUCUACUGAAUGGCAAAGUGCAGUGACCUACAAAGAUGAUUUGGAUGAAUCACAAGUGCCUGGCAAACCGGCUCGAAUUCGAACUCAAGCAGAGGCUAACUCCAUAAUGGUGCGAUGGUCUCCUCCAUCAGAGGAAAGUAAGAUUCUUGUACGUGGUUAUAUUCUGACCUACGGCAGAGGCAUUCCUGACGUUCUUCAAGUGAACCUGGAUGCUCAGCAGCGGAUCUAUACCAUCAAAGAUCUCCAACCUUCUUCUCAGUAUAUCAUUAAAGUAAAGGCUUUCAAUAAUAUGGGUGAAGGGCAACCGAUCUAUGCAAUUGAGAAAACCAGUGAGGAGUCAGCCACUGAAUUGGCAACACCCAUGAUGCCACCUGUUGGCCUGAAAACGAUUGUCUUGUCCUCACAGACAAUUGUUCUAACAUGGACUGAUUCAACUUUGAGUCGUGCCCAGCGUAUUACAGACAACCGCUACUAUACAGUGCGCUACGCUCCUGUUUAUAACAAUCGAAAGUUCAAAUACAUUAACUCAACUGACCUGAAUGCACACAUUGAUGACCUAAAACCAAACACUCAGUAUGAAUUUUCUGUGAAAGUGACCAAAAAUCUGAGGAAGAGUACUUGGAGUAUGAGUGUGGUAAACACAACUCAAGAAGCUGCUCCAGGAGGCGUACCUCGAGAUCUCACUCCCGCUACUGUGGACAGUAAUCCUUUGUCUGUUACACUCAGCUGGCAACCACCACAGAGACCUAAUGGUCAACUCACAGGCUAUUUAAUUUUCUACACAACGGACUCUCACCAAGAAGAUCGCGAUUGGGUUGUACACAACGUUGAUGGAGACAAGUUAUCAGCUACCAUAAAAGACCUAACACCAGACACUACGUAUUUCUUUAAGAUGCAAGCUCGCAACAAUAAGGGAUAUGGACCAAUGUCUCCUACUGUUGUCUACAGAACCUCAAAAGCUGAUGGAACAGGUGGAGGUUUGGUGCAAGUCCCUGACUUACUGCCCAACUCCCGUCAUUAUGAUGUGAAGUAUAACUCAGGCCGGAAAUACUUCUCUCCUGAUGACAAUAAUAGACAUGGGUUCAUUCAUCCGAGAGGUGGGAACAAGAAGGUUAACCAAGGUGGAAAGGAAGAAACCGUACCCACAAAUAUGAUGAUAAUUAUUAUCGCUUGUGUGGUGGGCGUCUCAUUUUGUAUAAUUGUUGUUGUGGUGGCAAUUGUCAUCUGUAAGAGGAGGGAAUACAGAAACAAACGCAGCUCUGGCAACUACAUGUCUCCUGCCAAGGGUAAAACAACCAAGGCACCGACGCCCAAAGAUGUGAAGCCGCCAGAUUUGUGGAUCCACCAUGACCACGUGGAAAUGAAGAAUUUAGACAAAUCUGAUACACGAGACCCCUCCGCCCCACCACCACCUGCUCAGAGGAAUCCAGAAUGCUCCAAAGGUGAAGAAAUGCCACCAGGCAUGGAUAUUGAAAAGCGUAGAAAUUCGUUUGUAGGAGAUUCCAGUUACCUGUCACCAGCCUCAGAUGAGAGAUAUCCGAGGAGUAUCAUCCGUCCAAAGCCCAUGAUGAUUCCUGUAGACCCUACGCAGCCAAUAUCUAGAGAGUUUCCCAAUGGCCAUCUACAAGGUGCAGAGAGUCCACAGUCUCAGGUCGCAGUGCGUCCCGUCUACCCCCGAACCCAGUACAACACACAAUAUUCUACUCCACCCAGGGUGCACGCUGGUGAUGUAACACAACCUAGCUCAAGUGGGUAUCAUUUUAUCCAACCCUUUCACUUUUUGUUUUGUUUUAUUUUCCUUUCUGACACUUGCACUUAA